AGCAAAUCUUGGCGCCUGCGGAGCCACUUGGAUGACGUUCAUAGCGUCAGGAACGCCCAGGAGCGAAGGAUCCUGUUGGCGUUUGCCAGAGGGCGACGCAUCCGCGGACGGGGCACCCCGUCCAGGGUGGCGCAGCACCUCCAAGACGCUCACCGUGAUCUGGGUGCCAAGGAGAAGAGGCGGCUUUUGAGGAAGCUCCAGUGGCGCAAAACGCUGAGGCAGGUGAGAGAACUUCGGGCCUCGGGUCCCGACCCGCCCUUAGCCACCAGCUUGGACCUGGACGGUUCACGGGGCAGGGAAGAAGCCGCCGCCUCCGCUUCCCCGCCUCCCCCCCCUACUCUUUCCCCUCCCUCGCUGGCUUCGGACGUGGUGCAGGGGCGAGGUCUUCCCGGCCGACUGAGCCCCACUCCUCCCCGUUCGACCUCGGCGGACUCCCCGCCACCAGAGCCGGAGCCAUGUCUUCCCGGCGGGCUUGGCACCAGUGCCGACGUGCCAGCCGCGGACUCGGUGGUCGUCGAGGAGGAGGAGAUUGCCGGAGGGCCGGAGAUCGGGGACGAACCGCAGGCGGAGCUGACUGGACUGCCGGAGAUAAGGGACGAACCGCAGGCCCCGUCCUCCAGCACGGUUAGUAAGCUGAUUACAUUUCCUCCAGUCAUCCGUUGCUACCUGCAGGAAUAUAACCGGCAUCUGACCGGGGCUAUACGCUCGCGAAAGCAUGUUGAAAAUGUUAAAUCAAAGAUGGGUCGAAUUGUUGCAUUCCUCAGCUACAUGAGCCGUAGUAAGACCGCCCUGGGCUCCUGGCGCUUCUUGGAUGACGCCGGACGCAUACUUGCCUGGCCCGCUGAACUCAGCCGUCAGCAGAAGGCCGUGACUACCGUUAAGGUUUACCUGGUAAACACAACCCAAUUCCACGUAUACUUCAUGGAGACGCCUCCGAGAAGCUCCAGGCUGUCAAAGCGGCAGCUCGUGUCGGUGAUGCGAGCUCUGAGGUCGGCCACGUGCCAAAUCGGAACGCAGGUGGUGCUUCGGCAGAUCAAGGUCAAGUCUGAGAAGCUCCAGCGAUCCGUAACGCCCCAACUUCUCUGCAGAUGCCUCAAACAAUCUCAGAGCUGGAUCCCCAGACUCUUGCUGAGCUGCUCGCAAAAGAAGCACGACGUGGGAGCGAGACAUCUGUUGUACGGUUUCAUUGUCCUUUACCUUACUUCUCUCUACGGCCAUCGGGCCGGCGUCAUGACCAACCUUACCACCGAAGAGGUCCUGGAGGCAACAAGGGGAUCCAGCUCUCGCUCUCCGGGGGUCGUACUCAAUGUAAAAAACCAUAAGACUGCACGGGUGUUUGGCUGUGCUCAGGUGUUUCUGACCCACGAGGAACUGGGCUGGAUCCAGCGGUGGAUGGAGAUCCGGGCUCUGCUACGCCCUCGGUGCGAUCUGGUAUUUUUCAAUACCAACCACGGGCAAGUGAAAAACAUCACCCUGUUCGCGAGGAACGCGUGGGCAGCCAUGCUACUGCCAGGCAGACCCUCCCUUACCGACAUCAGGACCGCGGUCGCAACGAUGUGCAGGAACACCCACUCCAGUGAGGUCCGGACGCAGCUGUCCCGGGUAAUGUGUCACGACACCCGCACGGCCGACCGAUUCUAUGCGAUGCAGCUGGAUGUCUGCCAGAUGGCGGAGAUGAGGCGCAGAUUUGCCCAGUGCAUGGGAGAAGAAGCUGCAGAAAGUUCACAAUAAACUUUGAAUAAUGCACCAGAAUGUGUCAUGUCUCUUCAUUGUGUGGGGGGUGGGUGGGUGGGGUUCCAAUCCCGGCCAACGGGGCCCGCGGAUCGGUCCGCACCUCUGGUAAUCUGAGCUGGGCUCAGAACCGACCCGGAGAACCGCCAGGCCCAUCAGAAGGACCGAGGAGACUCACAGGAGCGGCCGGAGCCCACAGCGUUACUGCUUCGGAGAUCCAGAGAACCAGACCGACGUUCCGGGGAAAACGGCUUAAAAUGCUGGAAAAAGCCGAAAAAGGGGCCUAAAUCGGCCUUGUCUGAGCUCCAGACGCCCCCUACAACCGCCCUGGAUCAAAACACUUUGUCAUUUUAGAAAAAAGUGCUCUUCUCCAGGGCUCUCUUGAAAUCCUUCCGGUGGGAUUUUUUUAUCUAAGGUCCUGAGAUCCUAUCUAUCCAAAUGGCGCCGGUGAAGCCCUAUUUUUACGGGUGGGGGGCAAUGCUUUGGACCCCCUGGACGCCUCCAGGGCUUUCAGCUCAUGUCAUAGCCGGAAAUAGGGACCGCAAAUCGGGAAACCCCCAACUCCGGCCCUGAAUGCAAGCCCGGCCAGCCGGAGACCUCCAGGGCUUUCAGCUCGUGUCAAAGCCCCAAAUAGGGGCCCCCAAAUCGGGAAACCCACCCCCGAACUCCGGCCCUGAAUGCAAGCCCGGCCAGCCGGAGACCUCCAGGGCUUUCAGCUCGUGUCAAAGCCCCAAAUAGGGGCCCCCAAAUCGGGAAACCCACCCCCGAACUCCGGCCCUGAAUGCAAGCCCGGCCAGCCGGAGACCUCCAGGGCUUUCAGCUCGUGUCAAAGCCCCAAAUAGGGACCCCAAAUCGGGCUCCUCUCUCACUGAUCCGGCUCCGGAACAAACAACCAGGCUGGACAACCGGACAACCUUACGCACCCUUCGAACCGCGGCAUCCCACACUUAAGCACCCCCCACACGGACUACACCCACCAGCACGCACGGCCCUGGGGUUCGUGCCCCUGGUAAGGCAAGGAGAGAGAGCACCAGGUGGGGAGAGGGAGGCCGGGGUCUCCCCGUGACAAGGGGAGCCCCGGGCUGGCCGUCCCCUGCGGGCCGACCAGCCGCCCCCCUCUCCCCGCACCGGAGGGGCCGGCUGGGACUUAGGCCGUGAAGCGAAGCGCGGCUCGUGCCCCUGGUAGGGCAAAGAGAAACAGCUCCAGGUGGGGAGAGGGAGGCCGGGGUCUCCCCGUGACAAGGGGAGCCCCGGGCUGGCCGUCCCCUGCGGGCCGACCAGCCGCCCCCCUCUCCCCGCACCGGAGGGGCCGGCUGGGACUUAGGCCGUGAAGCGAAGCGCGUCCCGUGCCCCUGGUAGGGCAUAGUUCCACCGGAGGAGGGGGUGGGAGGGAGGCCCCGGAGGUCGGCCGACAAAAGGUUGGAUCGAGAGCUGACUCUCAAUGGAUCGCAGCGAGGGGAGCUGCUCUGCCACGUACGAAACCCUGACCCAGAAUCAGGUCGUCUGCAAGUCAUUUAGCACCACGUUCUCCGCGAACAUGCUGUGCGCGAUCGGAGAGGGGUGACCGUCGUCCGGCCACACCCCGGCCCAGUCACGGAAGGCUCUCCUCGCCGACCGGAGUCGGGUAUCGGAGACCGACCGAAGCGAUGCGGCGCUACUGGUAUCGUUACGUCUAGGCGGGAUUCUGACUUAGAGGCGUUCAGUCAUAAUCCCACAGAUGGUAGCUUCGCCCCAUUGGCUCCUCAGCCAAGCACAUACACCAAAUGUCUGAACCUGCGGUUCCUCUCGUACUGAGCAGGAUUACUAUUG